AUGGAGUACCGAGGAGCAGAAAAUUUGGGUUUGGGCCAUGAUCCCAUGAUGGAGCAUUUGGGAUUCACUUCAUCCUUUCACAACCGCCCAAGCUAUGGAAAGCCACUCUCCACCAGUCACCGAUCCAAUCACCUUCGAGAAGGAAGUGCUGGAUCUUACAGCGAGCAUCGUGGAGACGUCAGGAAGCAAUCGUAUGGCUCUCAAAGUGGAGGAAUCCCUGCAUCCUAUUCUUGGGAUAGCAAAGAUUCUCGCGCUUCCCAAAGAAGUGGACAAACCACAGAUUCUCAAUCCAGAAGAAUCGCUGGUGGUUCCAACUACAAUCACAACAAAAGAAUCAGCCGAACAAAGAUCGCACAAGAAGAAAGGAGCCAGCGAACAAGUCAUGAUAGAAGAAGUCGUCACGAGGUUCGACGAGAGCAUACAACUGUCGAUGAAGGAGAUGAGAACUUUUUGCAUACAAGUGACAAUGUGAUUGCUCUCUUUGGAGCAUAUGGAACCACUGGCCAACAUUUCCUACAAUUCGCUUUGGAAGCAGGAUAUCGAGUCCGCGUUUUGCUCCUGCCAGGAGUCCAGUUGGAUAUUCCAGAAAGCAAGAAUCUGACUGUAGUCACUGGCACUCUUGAUGAAGAGCAAAAGAUUGAGCGUGUUCUGAAGAAGGCAUCUUAUGUUGUAUGUAUGCUAGGCGAUUGUACCAAGAUUAUCGAAGAGAAAGAUGGCGAAUCCAGUCACUCCAACUACCGAUUCAUCCAACGCCUGGUUUCCAUUUUGGAGCGAGUUAGGUCCAAGAGAGUCCUCUUGUAUCAGGCUUCAUCUGUGGCACUUGAUAACGAAGGAUCCACUCCAAUCCUCUCCAGUCUUGUCAAGAAAAUGCAAAUCACAAAGGCCAAGCGUGAAGCUCUGGCUGAGCAGGACAAGAUUGUUGCAUACCUUUCCACUCAACUGGACCAGGACUCGUGUAGAUAUAUUAUUACGCGGCCCAGUGAUUUGAUUUGGGACAAGCCCUCCAAGCGGAAGCUGGCCGCUUCGAAAUCGCAACCUGGCCCAUUUGCAAUCACCAAUAUUGAUCUUGCAGAAUUUUCUUUGAACGCAUUGAAGAACGAGAAGCUGUACAACACCUGCCCAUACGUUGUCAAAGACUACUAA